UUCUCAUGACACUUUAGCCAGUGGUUGGUUCAUGCAUAUCUAAACCUGUUCAUGCAACAAUGUUCAUGAAACAUUAAAGAAAUGACUCAUGAAAUAAUGUCACGAGUUUAGAGUCUAAUGUGAUCUGAUCAAAGUCACCCUGAACAUAAAACAUUUAAACACUGCAUCAUUUAAAUCUAAUAUUGGUAAAUAGGUUAAUAUAUUAGCCAUUUUGUCUGUAGACCAACAGCCUUUUCAUUUCUUUAGCUCAUGUGGAUACUGGGUGCAAAGGCUGACCGACUGGUGUGACUGUGCUUCUUCUAUACACUCACUUAUACUGACGUCUCUGCUGGGUUCACCUGCUGCUAAAAUCACUGAAUAGACGCCACCAGGACAGAGGACGCCUCAGGUGCAGUGUCCCUUUCUUUUGUAGUGUCUUUUAAUACGCAGUUACAGGUUGUGUUGCCUAUUUAUGCGCUGUGACGCAUCCGACUAAAUGAAUGAAAAGCCAAGUGACAUAUAUACAAAUCAUAUUCAAACGCAGACCUAAAGCUGCCUAUAUGCUGUUGCCUCGCGUGUGUGGGUGUGCACAGGUGUGUUUGCAUGCAUUUGUAUGCAGUCAUGUGUGAUGACGCUGCGUGUGUGUGCGGGCAUUUGUCCUCCUCUGUGAAAACAAAGCUUUAAUGUAUGAACGGCUACCGGCGGCGGACGAUCAGCUGCUUCAGCGGGAGAAACUCCACAUCCCUUCCUGCGCCUCCGUGUGCACGUACGCGUGAGUCUCAGUGUGUGUUUGUGUCCAGCGCUCACCAGGUUGGGUGCGUUACACCGAGGGCUUCCUGCUGCAUCCAUCUGCUGGCUGAAACUAACCAGAGCCGCGCUGUCGCCGAUCGUUGCGGGUUCUUAGCAGACAGUCAGCUGUUCCUCCGCUCAGGACAACAAAGGCAGCUCCUCACGAGUCCAGCCCUGCAGCGGUUUGAGCGCCUGUAUCAGACUGAUGACUGUUUGAAGCGAUAGGCGCCACCGUGGCCCAUGCACUGUACCCAUUUCCCUCCCUGUCCUCCUUAUCCCUCAAGCUGACGCAGAACCCCCGGCACCUGCCUCCCCUUCCCCACCCCCACCCUCACUCCCACCCCGUCCCCAGCGACUCGCCCCCUCCUGCCAUGGUGUCCGGCACUGAGACCGUGCACUACAUCCACCUCCACAACUCCAGCCAGUCGGUGCUGGAGGCUCUGCGCACGCAGCGGCGCGAGGGCCUCUUCUGCGAUGUGACGGUGAGGAUCCACGACGCCUCGCUGCGCGCCCACGCCUGCGUCCUGGCAGCCGGCAGCCCCUUCUUCCAGGACAAGCUGCUGCUGGGCCACUCUGAGAUCUCUGUGCCACCGCUGGUGCCGGCUGAAACCGUGAAGCAGCUCGUGGAUUUCAUGUACAGCGGCUCCCUGGUGGUGCUGCAGUCGCAGGCCCUGUGCAUCCUCACGGCCGCCAGCAUCCUGCAGAUCAAGACUGUCAUUGACGAGUGCACCCAGAUCAUCUCUCAGAGGAAAGCGGCGGCAGGGGCCGCGAGCGCCGCCGCCGCCGCCGCAGCGGCCGCCGCCGCCGCCGCGGGAGGAGGGAUGCUCGGAGGAGUCCUCCCCAAACAAGAGGAGCGCGGUGGGGGCAAAGGCAGAGAGAGUGGUGGCAGCGGGAGCUGCUCUGUUAGCGGUGCCGCCGGGGCUGGGAGUUAUGGAAACUUCUCUAACUUCAUGGCUGAAUGCGGGGCCAGUAACAUGGGCGGCGGCUUGGGGGCCAGCGUCAAUGUCAGCGAGAGCGGCCCCGUCCCAAUGGAGCAGGCCAACACCGUGAGUCUAAUGGCGCUGGGCGACAUGGGCCCCGGGUCCCUGUGCGCUGAUGCCAUGGGCUCUGGCGCUGGCACAAUCCUCAUGAAGCAGAGCUCCAGCUGCACUCAGGACGUCAGGUACAAGCUCCGAGACCUGCUGGCACAGACGGCCAACGGAGCCGGCACUAGUAGCACAGGGAACCUGUCUGCGGGCUGCAGCUCUGGUGUGGGCAGCGUGGACAGCAUCAGCAGGGACAGCCUCCGCGGCAACACAACCGACCUCUCUGAUGACCUGGUGGCGAUGGACAGAUACAGCGAGGAGGAGGACCUGGACGGCAGAGAUCGGGGAAGAGACGGAGACAGAGACAGGGGGGUGAGCCACAGCCGCAAGCAGAGGCAGCCGCUCAGACUCCAGGUGCUGGGUGGAGACGGAGUGGUGGUGAAGGAUGAAGGAGUUCAGGACCCAGAUGGGACCGUCUAUGCCUUGGAGGAUGGAAGACGAGAUGGGGAACAGGACGGCUCCCAGGAAUCCAUGGCAGGCUUUGGGCAGGAUUUCUAUGAUGAGCAGGGAGUGUUCUCGGAGAGUUUCUGGCCCCAGAGCGAACCUCCUCAGGCCAUGGCUUUCAACCCCAGAGCUCGGGUCAACAAGCCUCUGACUCCACCUCCAACCACUCAGUCCAUCAACAACCAGCUUCUGUUCCAGUACCCAGUGAGCCAGUCGCAGCCAGCUCCGUUCUAUGUCGGCGGGCACAUGGGUGGGAUCGACAGCAUGGCAGGGACGGAGCCCAGCCAGCAGCCUCCACCCCCGGCGCCCAUGACCCCGGCCCCACCUCCCUCCGCCUCCUGCUCUGCAGGCCCCUCCCCUUCCUCCCAAGGAUCUGAGACCUCGUUCGACUGCACGCACUGUGGCAAAUCUUUACGUUCCAGGAAGAACUACAGCAAGCACAUGUUCAUCCACUCCGGUCAGAAACCUCAUCAGUGCUCCAUCUGCUGGCGCUCCUUCUCCCUGCGCGACUACCUCCUCAAACACAUGGUGGUGCACACGGGUGUCAGGGCUUUCCAGUGCUCCAUGUGCGGCAAGCGCUUCACCCAGAAGAGCUCGCUCAAUGUGCACAUGCGCACUCACCGUGCCGAGCGCACCUUCCAGUGCAACGUGUGCCACCGGGCCUUCACCCACCGCACCUUGCUGGAGCGCCACGCCCUGCAGCACGCCCACCACGCCCCCCAGGGCCAGGGGCGCGGAGCCGACAUGACCUCACCUACCAAGCACAGCCCCCCGGCUCUGGGAGGGCCCUCAGGUAUGGCUGGAACGGCUGGCAUGGUCGCUGGCAUGGCCAACAUGCCCAGCCAUGGAGCGUCCUCCACCUAGAGAGAGAGCGAGAGAGAGAGAGAGAAGGGGGCAGAUAUGUGGGAGAGGGGAGGUCAACGAGCCCAUUCCUUGAACCGAUGCUUAUUUGGUCCUAACAGCCUUCUUGGUUUUAGUUCUAGUGGGAACAGCACUUACGGGUUCCUGUUGAUUUAUCUUAAUGCCACAUUUAAUCAGGGUUCCUACACAGGCCUGCAGGGCCUUUUAACCUUUUCAAAUGAUGUAAAUUUAUAAGGCGUUUUUAGAAUUGCACAAGAAGUAUUUUGAAAAAACAAAGCUGUUUCCUGAAAUGUAUCUUAAUUAGUUGUAGCCCUGCUGUGUUGUGAUAUUGAUUGCUGUGACAUGAGCUAUAGAGCAACAUCGCUAACAAUCACACACCUUCUUGAACAGCCAUUGGAAACGCAGCCAAAUGUUUGCUCUGGGUGGAAAUAGAUCAUGUGUAGGAACCCUGUUUCAAACAGCGCAGAGAGUCACCAAAGAGGUUAGGAAGGCGGAGCGGGUUUCCAGGCGGGGGGUGGGAUGGGGUGGUGUGGAAAUGCAAGUAGGAGACAUGAGAGGAUGGAUGGGUUGGUGGAGGCUGCAAGGCUCCAUUCACCUUCAGUUCAUUUAAUUCUGCUGUUUAACGCGAGUGAAUGAUAACUCUAGCUUCAUGGAUUACAAAUCCACAAACUCACAUUUAACACGUCUCGGCUGUGGAGGUUUCCCCAGUUUGGAUUAUGAAGAUUUCCUCGAAUUAACUGGGUUGAAUGUGAAUGGAGCCAGGUGCUAUUCAGGAGUAAACCAGGGUGACAGCGACUAAGAGAAGGUUGUUGACGAAUGAUUGGAUGAGGAAGGAAAGUAGGCGAGCAUAGAGAGAGUGAGACAGCGGGAGGAGGAAGAGGAGGAGGAAGAGGAGGAGGCUUGAUGCACAGCACCGUGAAUGAGAUUCACCAUCAUCCAUCAGACGGCUUUGUAACAUUUUCCACAGGCGCUACCGUUCAGCCCCAGGAUCAUAUACCUCGAACCGGGUCGAGCCGCUGUCGGCUCGGAGGGACACUAUUUUCUCAUUUGAAAUGUCUGGGAAACAUUUCAGCAUGUUUUACACACACCUACAAUUACCUCUGCGGUCCAAAGACAGGCAUUAUGCUUCACAUCAUUUAAGCUACAUCAGACGAAGAAACGGUGAAAACUAAAGCUACGAUAGAUACGUUUACUUUUUGAAAGCUUGCUAAAGUGCUUCUAUGUAAAAUUCCUGUACAUCGCUAUAAUGCUCAGUUUGUUAUUCGUUGCUCAUGUGAUUCUUUGAUGCAGAAAUAAGCAAAAGAUAUAAAAAAAACUUUUAAAGUGAAAGAGCCAUUCAGAGGAAGUUAAACCUGGUGGAAUAACUCUGACCAAUCAGUGACUUUUAUCAGGAUUUUUAUUGAGUGUUUGGUUGUGUUCGUCUUUCGGGCUCUGGUUAUUAAUAAAUGGGAAGUGUUUGCUUAAAUAAACAAUAAAAGCUUUUCUCUCAGCACUAUUAAAAAAACAUUUUUAACCUUUUAGUAAAACUAAAUUCAGUCAUGACAAUGUACAAUCACCCCUGCAAGUUCUGACAUAGUCAAACUGGUGGUAAUGCUAAUUAUCACAAUAAUAUUUAUUACGAUUUGAUCUCUAUGCACAACUACGUUUGCACAUCAUGUUACUUAGACCUAGAUGUUGUUGUCCCAGGAGUAUUUGGCCUGAGCUGGUUUUGCUUUCUCCUUAUUUACACCUGAGAGGUGAUCUUAAAAUGUCCCUGCUUUUUGCUUGUUUUCUUAAUGUUUGUCAGUCGAAGCAUUAUAUGAUACUCAGUAGUUUACUUAAGCUUUGUUAGAGCUUCAUAAGUGGACCUCCCUAAUGAGUGAGACGGUUUAAUCUUUACAGUUAAAUAAUUUGACAAAAACCAAUUUACUUUAAUUCAGAUUUUGUUUGGUUGUGACCAGUGGAUCCAGCAUUUCUGGAUGUCACUUUAAAUAUUGACAUUAAAUGUCUCAUUUAAUUGUGGGAAACUGCUUAUUUACACGAGCCACCGCGGCAGCGUGUGUCCAUUGGCCUCUGAUACUUGUAAGCUAAUUUGCAGACUCACUUUGUUUGUUUCUCCAGUGUUAAAGGUGAAAUCAGAGCAGUAGAACAUAGAAGCUGGACUGAAACCUCGCGAUCUCACUGCUGGUUAUAAGCUAUAGAUGAAAUUCUAACGCCAAACCUUUUGGUGCUUUUUUGGAGAUAUUUACCUCAUUUGCCAGUUGCCAACGCCGUGCUGUGGUCUGGGUUCUGUAAAUAAGCAGGUGGAGCUGUUUCAGCAAUGGAAGCGGUUCUGGUGCAUUUUGUCUGAGGCGGACCCUUGUACAGUACUGUAAUAUGUGUGCUUUGAAGCCAUGUCAGCGCAUUGUAACGUACUGUGUUAUGCCUUUUUUUGUUUGUUUCUGUUUUUUUAUUCUAUUGGGAGCGAGGUUGAUAAUUGUUUUUCUACAUUAAUGUUUCUUUAACAGAGGUUAAAUAUGUCAAAAGAAGAAACGGUCAUUUUAUAAAAAAAAAUCACUUGUCAUCGUAAAACCACAUCUUUUAUGUAUUAAAAGACUAAAGGCAUGAUUUUAACUUUUUCUGAGAACUAGAUGUUGUACUCAAUGAAUUAAUUGAAUUUUAAAAAUGAGUAAUUUCAAAGACUUUCUCCAAAUAAAAAAGGCUUUUAUGGCUUCAGGCCA